AAAGAGCUGAAGACAGUUCCGAGCGGAAGAGCGAAGUACUAAACUUUUUACAUCAAUACAGGUCUGCACUGAUCAGUAGGGAAGCAUUAUGGGCGGGCAGUUGUCCAUUGAUCAUAAUGUCCAUGUAGUGAUUGUUGGUGGUGGUUUUGGUGGCAUUGCAGCUGCUCAGCACCUCAAAAAUCAUGGGGUACCCUUUAUGCUUAUUGACGUCCUGGAUGCAUUUCAUCACAACAUUGCGGCACUGCGUGCUUCAGUUCAAAGUGGUUUUGCAAAGCAGACGUUCAUACCAUACAAAGAAACAUUUGGGUUGAAUUUCCUCCAAGGCCGAGUUACACAGAUAGACACUGAAGCAAAGACAGUCGUGCUUGACAAUGGAAAGGAAGUACUCUAUACACACCUCAUUCUGUGCACUGGAACAAACGGACCUUUCCCAGGCAAACACAAUUCUGUGGACACCUACCAAUCAGCCAUUCAGAAAUAUGAGGACUUCGUAAAAGAGGUCCAGAAAGCAAACACAGUCCUAGUGGUUGGUGGUGGAUCCACUGGUGUUGAAAUGGCUGCUGAGAUCAGGACAGAACUUCCAGACAAGAAGGUGAUUCUGAUUCACUCACGUGAGGAAUUGGCUGAUCCUGAACUACUGCCUUGUGUGAAAGAACAAGCCAAGCAGGUGCUGCUGGAAAAGGGGGUGGAGCUGUUGCUUGGGCAAAAAGUGUCAAACCUUGAUGAGCUGGAAUUUAAUGUGUGUCGAAGCGGGAUGGUGAUCAAGACUAAUAAGAACGAGCAGAUCACAGCCGAUUUAGUCAUCUGCUGCACAGGAAAUAGGAUCAACUCUGAAGCAUACAGCUCCAGUCUGAGUGCAUAUCUGGCAGCCAAUGGGGCUCUGAAGGUGAACAAUCACUUGCAAGUGGAAGGCUUUGACAAUGUGUAUGCUGUGGGUGACUGUGCCAAUGUCAGCGAACCCAAGAUGGCAUAUCAUGCUGGACUUCAUGCUGGAGUAGCUGCCACUAAUAUUAUUAACAGUCUGUCUGGAAAAGCUCUGACCUCAUACCACCCAGGAAAUGUGACUAUGCUGCUUGCUAUGGGGAGGGAUGAUGGAGUCGGCCAAUUUAAUGGCUAUAAGCUACCUCGCUUUCUGGUCACCAAGGGUAAGAGCCAGGGCCUGCUUCUGUGGAAGAGCUGGAAGGAAAUGGGGCAAAAAGCCCCUAAUUAGUAGGAGGUUAAUGAUCAAUGUUUAGUUGAUACUUGAAAUGUGUGAACUAUGCUCUCACACCAUUCCAUAUUAUAUGUGUUCAACAUAUUAUGCUACUGUAAAUAAUGAUUUUUAACAUUUAGCAUUGCCUUAAAAUUAAAAUAAAAUACACUGUAUUUAGACAAACCAGUAGAAGGAUGCUUUAAAUUCAAAAUGUACUGUAACUACAAUAUAUUCAUAACAUAUAUCAUGAAAACUUGUGUUUGUAAUUUUCAAAUGUACCAUUUUAUUUUACAUAUUUAU